AUGAAGGACGCCUUGAGGGAAGAGCAAAUUGGUGAGUUUUUGGAGGCCUUCUGUCUUUUUGACAAAGAUGGAGAUGGUAAAUUAGGCUUUGAAACUGAAGCAGAAGAGGAACUGAAGGAAGCUUUCAGGGUGUUUGACAAAGAUCAUGAUGGUUAUAUAUCGCCCAGUGAGUUGAGGUCAGUAAUGAGAACUAUUGGGGAGAAGGUGACAGACGAAGAAGUGGAACAGAUGGUCAAAGAGGCAGAUUUAGAUGGUGAUGGGCUCAUUGAUUAUGAAGAGUUCGUGAGGAUGAUGUUGGCUGAUUAAUUAAACGUAUGUAUAUUAAUUGGUAUAAUUUUAAUGUUUGGUUAGUAUUCCUGGAUGUAUGUAGGAA